AAACAAGAUAUAUGUUUCUUUCUUUGAUUUAUCCUUCAGGGAGAUCCAGAAUAAGCAGUAUUGAUUUGGCAAAAUUUUUGUGAAAAUUUUUCCACCCUUAAGGCACUGCCCAUCGUGCCGACCGCCUCAGACAGAAGAGAUUAGAUUGCGAACAGAUAGAGGAGAGAACUAGAGAUUUCUAGCCGCCUAAACAGGUGAUUUAGAUGGACUGGCUCUCGCGCUGUUCUGUUUUCGAUGGCUAGUGCCACUCUCUCGAGUGCAGUCCAAGUGCCAACACUUGAUGCAGGUCCGACCCCACUGUGCUGUAUUACGUAUUACAUCCAUUUUACAUACGAACCUCACACUUUUCUCUCCGACAAAUCGAGUAAUAGGCUUAGCUCCAUCUACCAAAACUAGCUCGGAAAGAUGCAGCGUCUGAUGGCACGUGGACUGGGAGCAAUGGUAGCCAGGAGCCGGGGGUGCACGGCGAUGAACACUCUAUUGAGCUGGUCCGCGUGCCAGCAGACGUGUACCUGGCGGGGCUACAAUUCGGGACCAGUAGUUACCUCGGAUCACAACUCUGGGACUAUGGAUGACGUUGUUCGUACUAUUCGCGAGCAGUCUGGGGUGGACCUUGGCUAUCAUAUCAUACCAAAAUCUAGGGACCAUCUUCUGAAGUAUCAACCGAAGAGGGAGGAUUUGGAGCCCAGGACCAUGUUGGACUCGCACUCGACUGCUACCAUACCACUGGGCGUGGACCUACAAACAAGGGAGCGGUAUGUGAACCACCUCGGAAGGGUUAGAUUGGGUCGCAUCAUGGAGGAGCUGGACAUGUUUGCUGUUUGGAUGUGCCACCGACACGUGAAAUUGCCGAACCACCCUGAGGGGGUCGCCCUGCCAUAUACAUUUGUCACAUUGCUCGUGGACAAGGUGGAGUUCUGGAACGUGGACCGACUGAAAGUAGACCACGACAUUCAAUUGAGUGGAAAUAUAACGUGGACAGGUACCAGCUCCAUGGAAAUCACAAUCUAUGUGCGCCAGAAGGCUCAUGACGAGUAUAUCGACAUGACCAAGGCCAUUUUUCUGAUGGUUGCCCGAAAUGCAACGAAUACCGGCCCGGCGCCUAUUAAUCCUCUCAAGCCUGGCGACGACAUCGAGAAGCAAGUAUGGGAGGAGGCGGAUAAGAGGCAAAAAGCGCGACGCAAUCAGAUCAAAGAGUCUGUGUUCAAUUCCCCGCCGAGGGAGCACGAACAGACCAUAAUGUACGAGAUUCUUCGGCGGACUACACCACCGAAUGGCAUGGAUCUUAAUAGGCGGGAGCUGCCGGCUCGAUGCCGAUGGAUGGAAGACUCCAUGCAGUCGACAAUGAUUGCGCCGUUCCCAGAAAACAGGAAUGCCCAGAACACCAUUUUUGGUGGCUAUCUGAUGCGCCAGGCGGUCGAGAUCUCCUUCAUUCAGGCCAGCUUAUAUCAGGGAGGACGGCCUCUCCUCGAGUGCAUCUCGGACAUCAGUUUCAUGCAGGCUGUGGAAGUGAACACAUUCCUCCAAAUGACGGCUCAUGUCGUGUACACGGCCCAGAACUACCUCCAGCUGAUGACCGUGGCGCAGAUCUGGGAUGUGACUGGAAAAGUCCAGACAACGAAUGUAUUCUAUCUAACAUACAAGGCUGACAGGGUGCUGGAUGAGGUCCUGCCACGAACCUAUCGCGAGAUGCUCUGGUACGUCCACGGCCGGAGAAAACUUCUGAGCGCUCUCGAUCUUCAGCCAGAGUACCCCAAUCCCAACGAGAAGCCCAAAGAGACUACUGCGAAAGUGACUUAAGUCCUUUGGCUACCUAGUAUAUGUUAGUGCAUACUCUGUUAUAAGCCUUUGUGUAAAAAUACCCUGUCAUUUAAUAGCACCUUUCCAAAUUUUUGGCUCCAACUAAAGUCUCGAAAGAAAUACAAAUA